GUUUGGUCUUGAACAACGACCUGCGCUUUCUGCUGCGCCUCAUUGUCUUCAAUUUCUCCCAAUCGUGAAAGCACUUCGUGCUCCCUAUACCCCUUGGUUUCCUUCCUGUGACCAUCCAGAGCCUCUGUCUGCGCUCCUGCCAGCGCCAUGGUCGCGCCAGCUGUUCCCGAGAUCUAUGAGGAGGAGGAGAACAUCUACGCCGCUGUCGAUGCCCGUUCCGAGUCCCUACAGAACCUCCGGGAACUAGGUCCUCCGGACUUGGUUUAUCUGGUUAAACAACCCAAGACCAACGCCCAUCACCAGACCGGCGUUUAUCACCAUGUCACCGGUGUCGAUGCCUCUUCCUCCGCCAGUUUAGCCGCCUAUGUAAAUACGCUUACUUUCUCUCCGCUCGACAAGACACACAAGGUGGUUUCGGGAAUCUAUUGCUGCUACAAUGCCUUCUCCCACCUGGACAUGCGCGUCGAAGUCAAAAUCCCCGGCACCCUGGAAAGCUACUGCAUCGAUGAACGCGGAGACAAGCGAGUUGCGACGGAAGCCCUUUGGCUGGAGACCUUUCUUUGCGGAAUCCUGCGAGCCUACUCAUACGCGGACAAUGGUGGUGGCGAUGCGAUCAGAAAAAUAGUCGGGGUGCGUCGGUUCAACCCGGUCACAAAUACGGAGAUGGAGCACAAAUUCCUGGAUGCUGCGGAGAGACUCUUCUUCUUGGGAAGACAACUCAGUUCUGAUCCGGAAACACAAGUGCCGAAUACCGUCAGCAACCACCUGACAUCCGGACUUCUGAAGUACAUUCAAACAACGGGGCGCUACACUUCCGGUAUCAACCUUUUCGAGAAACUUCGCACACGAGAUGUAGAGGUCUCGUCGCUUCUUGCCCGAGUUCUCAUCAUGGCAGACGAAGAGGUGCAAGCCGUGCGAUUGAUGUUCGACGCUUUACAAGACGUUCCCAUGGAUUAUGCCUUGCUUGACUGCCAGGCUAAUUUCUGCCAGGGCAAGAACGAGGGUGAGAUGGCUCUAGAGUGUGCGAAGCGGGCAGUGACUGCUGCUCCAAGCGAGUUCAGCACCUGGGCACGAUUGGCAGAGGUCUACGUUGGCCUCGAGCAAUGGGAUCUGGCCCUCCUGACCUUGAACUCCUGCCCCAUGUUCACAUACCAGGAUAAGGACACACCUCGUAUGCCCCAACCAUCUCGCAUCAUGCUCCCAAUUCUUGCUGAGAGCAUGCUUGACGAAAUCGACGAAGGACAGCCCAAGCAGGGUGAUCCCCACGAUUACGUCCACCCCUCACUACGCAGACUCCACGCUGCUGCCUAUCAGGGAACCUUCCUGAAGGCGUACAAUCUCCUCACUAAGAUUGCUGCUGCGAUAGGCUGGGACCAACUCCUGAAAAUCCGCAGCGAAGUCUUUGUCAUGGAAGAAGAAUACCGUGUUGAGCGCCAGCAGUCUACGUCUAAGCCUACAACCACACCAUCCUCAGCAAGCGUAUCAGACGAGCCGAAUGGAAGCAGCGAGCAGGAGAACGGCACGUCUGAGGAGGGCGCGAACGGUACCAAGGAAGAAGAAACAGAGCACUCCAUUGAGAAACCAGAGCAGUCGAUGGCAUCGGAAGUUGUCAAAUCCGGCAGCGAAGAUCCUGACCCCUCACACUCAUCCUACACACAAUUCCGCAACAAGCGUCUGUGUGAAAGAUGGCUCGAUAACCUCUUCAUGGUGCUGUACGAAGACCUCCGCAUCUACACCAUCUGGCGCACCGAAAUGGCCCAAUACCGCCAACAGGCGAUCGAGUACAAGAAAUCCGCCACGGAAUGGGAAAUUCUCGGCGAGUUGGCCGAACGCCUGCACCAUUUCGACGAGGGCAUCGAAGCCUAUCAGCACUGCCUGGCCAUCCGCUUCUCCCCGAAAGCCAUGCGGGGGCUCCUCAAGUUGUACGAGAAGAAGAAUGACACGAGAGGAAUGCUAGGCGCCUUGAUCCGUCUUAUCGCUUGGCAGUAUCGCUGGUACUCCGAGUUCUCUCCCGACCUCCUAUUCCUGAUCCGCAAACUCAUCGAAGACGAAGGCGCCGUCAAAGUCCGGAGUAUAGUCCAAGCGACGAACCUUCCUCAACCUGUCCUCGAUCUGACCCAUCAGUACUGCCAACUGUGCGCCACAUUCCGCAGCAGCGGUAGUGAUGGUUAAAUCUUCAACCUAGGAUAGAUUACGCUACCUUGCCUUUACAAAGAAGGUAGUGUAAAAUCACCCUGUCUUCCAUCCUUUGCUUCUUCCUACCCCUCCCUAUGGUUUAUGAUAUAGAAGAUACCUAAGAAAUAAGGAAAGAGGCGAAGAGGACAGACGGUUGAAAUGACGAACGAGAGAGGAAAUUGUAUCUAUUAGAGAGGGGGCGAAUUCAAGGGAUAAGAAGCUUACUUUCUUUCCUACUACUACUUACUACUUACAUUCUGUAUGGACUUGUUGAUCGAUAUCACCUAUUGUUCGAUGUGAUGCGCUUUCUACUUACUUCCUUUUCCUUCGUGUGAUUUUAUUUAAUUCUAUUUCUAUUCUUGAUUUUAUUCUGUCUUUAUGAUUUGAUUUUCCAUACUAUUAAUACCCAGGUUGCAGUUGAAAUUGAG